AUGCGUCCGAUGCAGAGGAAGCCCGAGAAGCUUCAGGAGUGGAAGAAUCAUCUUCGCUUCCUUCUCUGGGCUCUUCCAUCCGCCUUCCGGCCAGAGACGAACGGAGACACCUCUGCUUCAUUGCAGGUGCCUCCACUGAGCGACAUCAACCAAACCUGCGUCGACAAGCUCUUCCGCCAUGUGGCCACCGCGGUCAAUCACAGCCCGGAGAUGAGCAACCACCUGAUUGAAAUACUCGCUGCCGGCACCCCGCUGAACAGAAGAUGCAAGGACGCACCAUCGGGCAGCAGACCUUCGUCGUACGAUGAAGCCCUCUACACUCAGCAAGGCAAUGUGGAGCUCCUGGCGCUCUUCGCCCGUUACUCGAGCACCGAAGAUACCACCUCCGAGCUGGUGCGUCUCCUCAGCGACACCGUGAACGCUUGGCUCGGAUACCACGCCGAUCGUCAGAUCCGGAUCAAUCCGGCCAUACCACCUUCCACAAGGCUCGCUGCGGCAGUUAUUAUGGCCACGGUCGUGCGGCGCAUGGGGACCGAUACCGACGUAAGUCCCAGGGCCGAGGCCGUGCUCAGCUUCCUGGCGUCGUUGCUGUUCCGCGGAGGAGGAAAGAAGGACGUCAUCCAGCGCAUCGAGGAGACCAUCGAAAAGGAGUCGAGGGACGAGCAGCAGGAACGCAAGUCCGGCUCUGAACGGAAGACGAGCAUUAGCGAGCCUUUUAUGUGGGAGACCAGCGAACCGACCACCGAAGACGAGAUCGCGGUGGAACUCGAGGUCAUGAAUGACGCGGCAUGCCUCCUGGCUCUAGACGCAACAGAAGACUUUGUGGACGAGGUGGAGCUGUUUUUGGUUUCGUUCGUCCUGGCCCGCAAGGACAUCAACCCACGAACCGCGUCCGCUCUCGUCGAGGGUCUUGUGCAAAUGGGCAGAUACUACCCAUCGCGCAUCGGCAGUUUUGCGCGCAACGCUCUGCAAAGCGACGUCUGCCAUAUGGUGGUGGGCACGAAGUCGCUAUCGUCGUACCAGCAACGCCAACGGAUGCAGACAGGUCGGUCCGAGGGCGUCAUGGCGCUUCGUUUAGCCUAUAUCGAAGCCGUCGCUCGCAGCAUCAACCUCCACGUGUUCCAAACUACUGCCACCGAUUCGUUUGAGAAUGUCGUCUUGCUUUGCAUCUUGGCCCUGCUUUCAGACGAGGAACAGUUCCAGCGACAAGGCAGCCUUCUCGCUGACCAGAUCGAGCAUAGCGAAACGGCCGACAACUAUCUGGCGGACGUGUUCCCUGCUUCCAGCAACUUCGCCGAGUCCCUGGUGCGGGGGCGGGCGCAAAGAUUCAGCGAACGCUUGGCCAAGGCGUACCCGACCCGCACCGCCGUUAUGUUGAAGCAGGCCGCCUGCCAAUGCAUUCAGACUACUGGCUUCGACCGUGCUGCUCUGAUCCUGGAGUGUUUGGAGCCGUGGACGCGUAACUACGGCCCCCAGCUGCUCCGCGCUUCGGACGACGCUGCCCGCGAGAAAGUACAAGAGAUCGUUCAAGUCCUGUUCAAGCUCAGUCUGAUGCUAUGGUCCAACGGCAACCUCCGCUCGUGCCUUGAGCGGCUGUGGGUGGCGACCGUGUCGUCCGCCAACGCUUCGGUGAGCGUUCCCGCCCUGAUGGACUACCUUGCGGGUCGGGUUCUGUCGGCCCUGCAACCAGAACGCGAGGCAACACUUGCUUUGGGCAAGAUCCUGGCGAAGGGAGAAUGCCGCGCAGCACUGCUCGACAGCCUGAUAAGCCGCCUACGCGACUACACCGCGUCGUCUUCAUCCUUCUCCUAUCUACGGAAAGAGGAGAUCAUCUUUUACUUCCUCAUGGAUGUCCCGCUGGUCGACACGAUCGCCAGCGAGAGCCUCAUCCUCAAUCACCCGCAUUUCGCUCUCACUCUCCAGAACGCCCUCGUCAUCUUCGUCCGUAGCAAUAGCAACGUCGAUGCCGCUCGGCUGCCUCUCGGCAAGCGCUUCCUGCUCAACCUACUCUUUGCCGUUGCUAAGACCACAUUGCCCGACUACGGCACAGCAGCGCCUGCGGAUGACCGCGCCAGGGUGGUCGAGAACCUGCCGCCGGUCCCCUCUUCGCUCUACUCGUCGUCCUCGAUCCGACUCUCUUCAUCUUCCUUCUAUGCGCAUCUGGGCGCCGCGUCAACCAGCUUCAGCCGCUCGCCCUCGCCCUCGGCGUCGUUGGCUACCUCCAUUUCAUCACCGUCGGCUUCAUCUACGAACAUCGCCACAUCACCCAAGCGCUUUAGCGCGGCCGCGCUUAUGAUUCGAGAAACCGGAACCGCGCUUCGCUCAUCUCUAAGCGAGGCCAAAUCGGCAGCAGCGGAGGCCGGCCACCACCGUCGACCCAGCAAGGGCGCCGACCGCGACAGCACAGAAUCCACGAUCGACGCCGCGACGCCGCAGUCGAGCUCUAAGAAGAAGUUCCUCCUCAACCUCAGGUCCCUCUCGCAGCGAAGCUGCAAGCAGAAGGAAGUCGACAAGGACAAGGGCAAAGGCAAGGCCAAGGAGAGGGACGAGGCGCACGAAAGCGAUGAGCCUCCGUCGCCGCGGCGUCGAGGCCUGUUGACCAGCCGUGGCCGCAGCAAGAGCAUCAAACAGCAGCGGUCAGCCAGGCAGCUCGAGCUUCAGCCAGCGCCAGUCGACGAGAAUCCGCCUCCCAUCCGCAGAGGCCGCUCGGCGACGCUGCCCGACAGCCUGCUAGUCUCGCCGCACAUCACGACCCGCGGAGAGUCGGUCAACACCAGGCCCUGCUCUGCGCGCCCAUCGCCGACAGCUAAGCCGCGAAGCGAGCGUGCCGUGUUCGUGGAGGCUGGCCCCAAGAAGACGCUGCAGGCGAGGGUCGACGAGAUCAACCAUGACCGCAAGGCAUCGCCGACCAUGGCAGAGCGAUCCAUCUCCCUAUCGCUUUCUCGUGCCGGCCGCGCCCGCACGACGUUGGCUGUGCCCCUCUUCGCGCAAGGCGCGCGCAGCCGAUCGAACGAUCAGUGCUCCACGACUUCGUCUUCGUCUCCGCCGUCCUCGCCCAAGUCGCUCGCCUCAUCGUCAUCCUCGGUGUCGGCCAGGCUCUUCUCUCUUACCAGCUCUCCCUCGCAACGUCGACGCAGCAAAGGCAAGGCCAAGAAGCUCUUCCGGACCGCCAACAUCAACGAUGACUUCGAUGCCGGAGGAGAACUGCCCGCACGCUCCCCUGGCAAAGACGCAAAGCACCACGCGGAUUUGGCGUCGGUGCCUUGGGUUUCUGCCGCCGUACGGCCGCGGCACUACACGGAGCAACAGACCGUCGACGCAGCCGGAGACACGCAGCACUCGCCGCGUCGACCGACGAUCUCGGGCUUGUCACCGCACUUCCGCUUCAUCGACGAGAUGAUGGACGAGCUACGCGAUCCGGCACCCGCCCACUCCCUUGCUGUCUCGCUCUCCCGCGUGGUUCCUCAUCUGGCGCUCCUUACACCUGAGCUACGGCACGAUUGGACUCGUCUCUCCCUCGAGUGGGGACUCCGCGCGGAGGAGGCCGAUAUCGCCGUGGCCUCGCUGGAAUUGUUCCAUUUGCUGGGCGGGGCUGCCCACGUAUCCGCGUCAUCGGCGCCCGCCGACUUGCAACGCGUCGCCCAUGCCCUCGUCUGCUCGCUCAACACCCACGCCCUGCGAGCCCAUCAGCAACCUGGUGACACAGCAAACGCAGAUCUCGUUGGCGUUGAUACCUCCGCCAAGUCGCAGCUGCUCUUCGACGUUCUCCUGAAGCUCCUAGACAAGUGUCCUUCGUCGGUGGCGCUUCGUGAGGGCUUUGCGAUCAGUGUCGCGCUGAUGCGGGUCGUGGGUGAGGGCCACCCGUUCCGCCUUCACGAUCACGCCAACCACUACCGUGCCGGCCUCGCCCUGCUCACCGGACUGUGGAAUCGACAGCCCAUGACCUUCCUUCACUCCCUGCACGAGGCGCUGCCUUCGCUGUGCGGGCUCUGGGGCGUGACUAGAGACCUCGGGCUGAUAUUGUCCCCACCGCCGCUGGCCAAGUGUAUCGUCUUCACUCUGACAGGCGCCUUGGGGCGACACCCGCACCUCCUCAAGGAUUCCCUCGCGGCGCUGAGGCUUCUGUUCCGCGUCUACCAGCACCAGUUUGCUGAGGCGGAGGAGUCAGACCGCAGCCUUAGCGUCGCGACGCAGUCGGUGCUGUGGCUCGACCUUGUCAACAUCGUGUUCGAGUCAUUUGAGUACUACUCGCCGGAUCCCGUCGCGCAAGAAGCCAACAGCGACGGCCUGAAGCGCGAGAUGUCGACAGACAGCGACCUCGUUUCGAGUGAAGACGAAGAGCAAGAAGAAGACCACGAACAUCACCUUGGCGCCAUCUGCGAGAGCACGCUCGAGAUGGCGAGUAGGAGCAGCGACAGUGGCGACGGAAGGCGCCACAGGGACGUGCUGGCCACGUUACUCCGCAGUGGUGGCGCAUACCGCAUCAGGAAGAGGGCGCGGGACGAAGGGCUGCAGCGCGUCAAGCGGAUCAUCAGCGAAAGCAUCGAAUUCUACCUCAACCACAUGCGGCCGCAGCAGCCGACCGCCCACGGAUUUGACGCCUUCGAGCACAUCUACGACCAAUUCCUGGCAGCGCUACCGAGCGACCGUCACAGCAAAAACUCGUCGUACUCAUCUUCGGCGUCAUCAUCAUCGGAGGAGGACCAGAGUUCGCAGGCGGACGGCGACGUAACCGUCCUCAACGGCCUCAUGCAGACCUUCAUGCAAUCCUUCUUCGCGACGUUCCCAGACCAUCACGACUUUGCCUACGUGCUCGAGCUCUCGCUGCAGUUCCUGCGAGGCGCCGGCAAGCAGCCGGCGUGGAUCCUGGACGAGUACGAUCUCCGCCCCGAAGAGCUGAAGGAUAUCGGCGAGGCGGUGGUUCAGUGCUCCCUCUCUGCCGGGUCCUGGGUGGUAGGAGCCGCGGAUCAGCUCCUGGCCAUCGCGCUCGAACGGACCAAGCCCGCGCCUCCUCCCACGGUGUUCGAUCUCCUGGGGUCGAUGGCACUCCACAAGCGAGCCGCCGACUCCUCGCCGGCCAUGACGCUGAUGGGGCUCAGCGUGGAGGACGUGCCCGCUCUACUGAACCCGAAUCUGGGCACCACCAGGAAGGAGAAGAGGAAGGCCGUCUUCUUGGCGUCGUCUUCGUCUCUGUCAUCUUCUGCUUCACCAUCGCCGCUGGCCGAGAAGCAGGCCUCCUUCGAAGGUGGCGAGUCCAGCACGCCAAGACGACCUCGGGUCCCGUCGCUCUCGCUGGGACUGUCGGCCAUCGCCAGAUUCGCCGAGGAGGAAGAGGAACGAAAGUUGCGACGGCUCCACGACCACCACCAUCAGCAGCAACAGACCCAGAAGACGCAGGAGGAAGAAGACGGCGACAACAACAACAGCAAGGAGCCGAUAGCGACAACUACGGCGACGGCGACGAGGAGCGGCAAGAUGAACAAGAUGAGGAACCUGACGAGCCUUCGGCUGCUCAAGCGAAAGAGCGUCAGAGGCGAAUCAACAGCGAGCAACAAAGACAACAAGGAGAAGGAGAAGAAGAAGGAAAAGAAAAGAGAGAAGGCGAUGAAGCGGAAAAAAGGCGAGGGGACCAGAUCGGAGUUGAUGAUGCCGGGCGGCGCCUCGCCGAGAGCGGAGUGCGACGCCAAGGAGGCCGAGGACGACCGAAGCUUCCAGCGACGCCAACGCGGCCACACGCUGCCCGCCAACGCGCCACGCACGCUCGGCACCUCGAACUGA